AUGAAGCUCGGCUCUUCGAGAGCCUUUGGCUCAUUCAGAGCCCUCACGAUCUUGGCUUGGGUUCUCUGUUGGGUCACGUCCCGGUCGUUCAAGCUGUCGGGGUCUCCCAUCCCGGUGACCGACUCCGUGAAUGCGACCGUCCAGGAGAUUGUGGAGGAGGUCGUUUCUGACGACUUGAAGCAGGACAUGGAGGAGAUCAACAACAUGUCGAACCCCAUGACGGAGAACGCGAGUGAUCCCAUCGAGGGUUUCGGCCAGCUCGCCAAGAACUUGGAGUUUCUUCUCGUGAAGGUCGCACAGCUCGAGGCGGUUGCUGAGAUGCAGCAGGCCGAGGAUGUGAGGCUGCGGAAGAGGAUCGACUUGCAGCAAAAGGAGAUCGAAUCCCUCAAGGCCCAAGUUGGAAGCCACGAGCCACAAGGCGAGGCCUUGCUCGAGAUGGAGGAAGAAGAUGCGCACACACGGCUGCAGGAAGCGCAGGACAUCGUCAAGAGAGUCUUUCUCAAGCACAAUCGUCAGCGAGAGAAGGGUAUCCUCCAUCAUGAAGAGGACAUCGCCACCGCAGGCGAAAGUAGUCAGUCGCAGGAGUCGUCGUCCGAUCGCGAGUCUGGCUUUUGGAAGCACCGGAGAAGGAGAUUUCCCGAAGUUAUCGUCGACUCGGGUCGGGAUGCGGGAGAGGCUGCUGUAGAUGUCGCGACGAACCCCAUCGACACCUUGAAGGAUGGCUACAAUGCUGAAUGGUUGAAGAACAACGCAAUCUCGACAGUGGAACAGGCCGUCGCGAUUCUGAGCCAAGGCUUCUCGAACUUCGGCGCCAGCUGCCCAAACAGUGCUGCGCCUUCGAUCAGAGCAUUCAGCUGGCAUGAACUCAAAAUCUACUUCGGGGAUCUCCGCUGCAAGAUCAGCCUGAUGGGGCAGGACACCCCCUUGUUCGGACUCAACUUCGGCGAGCACGGAAUUGCUGUGCCGGGCCAGCUUCAAGUUCUUGCCCACGUGGGAUGGGAGCUUCAGACCACAUGCCAUGGCCCACACAACCACGUUGAGGUGACCAGGUGCCUUGCCAGAUCGCUUGCGAAGUUAAGUCCACCAGUGGGCUUCUUGCCCGACCGGCUGCAGAAAGUUGCUAAUGGCCAAGUCUUGGAUCUUCUGCCUGAUCCAGUACGACUCGUUGCAGACCGCGGCCACCACCAUCACUUGAUCCAAUGUCUGGGCCGUUGGAUCCAGUACCUUGCUCCAGCAGUGCAUUGGAUGGCUGCUCCAUUACAGGCAAUUGCCAGCGGCGGCAUCAUGGGGCUCUUGCCAGGACAGUUGAACGACAUUGCCAGCGGCGACAUCAUGAAGCUCUUGCCAAAACAGUUCGACGAUAUUGCCAGCGGCGACAUCAUGGGGCUCUUGCCAGGACAGUUGAACGACAUUGCCAGGGGCGACAUCAUGGGGCUCUUGCCAAAACAGUUCGACGAUAUUGCCAGUGGCAACAUCACGGGGCUCAUGCCUGGGCCACUGCAACUUCUUGGAGGUGGCCAAACGAAUUCCAUCCAGAAUAUGCUUACGUUGGGCAACGCGCUCAUGGAGUGUUCAGACUCACAACAAAAGGACUUGGUCCAGUGCCUCGGCUUCCAGAUUGUUGGGAGAGUCCCUCCCCUGAACUUCUUGAACCGCCUGGGCGACAUCUUCGGAGAGUUCAUCGCCGCCUUCGCAAAGGUCGCCUCCACAGUGGCGGCUCAAGCCAUGAAGGGAGGGGAAUCGUUGCUGCAGACCGCGGCCACCACGGAGUUCCCCUCUGCCGGCGCUCAGGCGAUGGUGCAUCACAGAG